AUGCUCGAUUAUGGGAAACGUAUCAUAAAUCUAGGAGAUACUCUUACUGAAUUAUUUUCUGAGGCUCUUGGGCUAAGCAAGAACCACCUCAAAAGCAUUGAAUAUAACCAAUGUUUGACCAUUAAUGGUAACUAUUAUCCAGCAUGCCCUGAACCUGAACUAACCUUAGGUACGAAGAAGCAUGUAGACCCAAUAUUCUUCACUAUUCUUCUUCAAGAUCAUAUUGGUGGACUGCAAAUUCUUCACCAAAACCACUGGGUUAAUGUGAAGCCUAUCCCUGGUUCUUUAAUAGUAAAUAUUGGUGAUUUCCUACAGCUUAUCAGUAAUGACAAAUUUAAGAGCGUGGAGCAUCGCGUUCUUGCUAACCGCAUUGAAACAAGAGCAUCAGCUCCAUGUUUUUUCAAACCAAAUAACACAAGGUUGUAUGGCCCUAUAAAAGAGUUACUCUCUGAAGAAAAUCCACGUGUACACAGAGAUACUACAUUUAAAGAGUACACUGACCAUUUCCUUUCUAAAGGGCUUGGUGGUGAAUCUGCUCUAAACCAUUUCAAGGUGUGA